AUGGCGCAUAUUGAUUUGGUCAGGCCGACUCCGUGGAUCCUGACUCACAUCUAUUGGUGGCAGUUUCUUCUAGGGGGUCUUGUUCUCGCCGCAUUAGCCGGGGGCUUCUGCUACAUCCUCUGCUGGGCUAUUUGCCAACUAGUCGACAUCUGGAAUGCUCUCAAGCAAAAAAAUACUGUUCCAAAACAGGUUUCCAAGCAGAUUUCAGAUUUCAGACAACGAAAUCUGAAUCUAAUUGCUCAGCAAUGUUCAAAGCAAAAGCCAUCUUCCGUCGGAGUUUACUUGGGUACUUUCAAUGACCCACCGACAGAGGCUGAAUCUAGGAUUUUGUCUCAAUGGGAUCUACUUGUAUUGGACCCAUUCGCCCGAGGAGUGGCAACAGCAGUAUCUUCGACACAAGAUGCCCGUGUUCUGGGUCGAAUCGACAUGCAAACGUUUAUUAAGUCCAAAAGGCCACUCUCAGAAAUAAUAGAGUGCAUAACCAAGGCCAUAUGGGACGUAUUUCAGGGCACUAAGUUCACGGGAAUUCUUAUUGCUCAAGCGCAGGCGCUCAACAACCGACAAUUAUUGAAAGAGCUGAUUUUUGCCAUCAGGUACCUUGAGUUAGAGGUCUACCUGGAAUUUUCGCCGCCUGAUUUCCUGCAAGAUCAAAAGCUACUCCAAGAUUACCAUAUUUCCGGCGUAGUCAUCAGAAACGCCACCAUCCUGCCUAGUGGAGAGAAACGGGAUUAUUUUCAACAGGAACCCUUGCAAAAGACAGUCAAGGCUUUUGUGGGAGAGGCGUGUUUGCGUGAUUUCGUCGUCGCGACAUGGGAAACACACGAAAAUAACACUUCACCUUCCAACGCGGUAGUUCGAAGGGCACUGCAGUGGUGCAACUUUUAUAGUGUCAUCCCAUGGAUCGGCUCAGAGCGAGCCCUUAUGGAUGCUGACGUCAACACCAAAGUAGUGGAACCACUGUCAGCUUUUAACUGGCUGAAAGAUACUGAGAUGAUGUUGAUUCAUGAAACCUGGAAGUCGAACGUCAAAAUACUCCCUAAAGCACUUUGCCAUUCUGAGUAUGACGAAUUGAAUACUCUAUACCCACAAAUCGCCAGAUUUUUCGAAUCAAGGGAACAUCCCCUAGAUCAAAACACCUCUUCUUCGGCAUUAGCCAACCCACCGCAAUGGCCAGUGGCGAGGAGAGCUAUGGGAAAUGCCCUUUCUGUAUCUCCCUUUGGUAUAGACUAUACUGGUUUGGGAUGUUUCCCUCUAGGAUGCGACGUUACAGAGGGAACAUUCCAAGAUGUCGUCAAGUCGCAAAAGCAGCUAAGCCAGCUGGGACUAUUGCACCCAGUGCCGUUUGAAAAGCUGCAAGAUGCAUGUACAUUAUUAAAGAACUUCGAGGAAGAGCACUUCUCGGAAACUCGUCAACAAGAAACGGCCAUUAUAGCAGCAAUUAAAGAGCUCUGCGUUCUCUUGUCAAAAGAACAACUGAAUGUCAAUCUUGGUCUCGAUUCUGGAUUUCGCAGGAGCAGCGAAAAUCGUUUCUGGGCCGUCUGUACUACCGAAGGGGAUCUGACGGAAAUUUAUGUUUCCAAAAAUGCUCCAGGGCUGGUUGGUACUAUGUUACACGCAUUCUUGUCAUACAAAGGUUUUUCUCGCAGCUCAUGCCUGGAAAUUGAAGUUGCCUUUUCCGAAUGGUCGCAAAUUAUCGGAGAAGAUAGUGGCCUUCCUCGUCGAUUGGAGUUAGAUAUUGAGAAUCUCACUCCGUCGGAAAGCCUGCAGUAUAUUCGACACCUUACCUUAGUCGGGGAUUACUCUGACUUGCCCCAUAAAAUAUGCGCUUACAUAAAACAGAAACUUAUCGAUGUGCCAACUAUCUCUCAACUCAAAGAUCUGAACACAAGUGGUUAUUUAGGUGGAGAUGUUUCUCCCUUAAAGCUCAUUCAAUCGAGAACUGCAUGGUAUCAGAUACAAGGUUGUGAACAUCCAUCUUUGGAACAGUCACUGUGCAUCUUCUCAGCAGUAGAUCAAAGCCUGAAUCAUGUGUUGAAAGCUCGCUGCGAGACUGAUCUAGCUGACAUUACUAUGUUAAUGAAAAGGCUAGUCAACAAAGGGUACAUUGAUUCUUAUAUUGACAUGAUAGCAUUGUGUCUGUUUUGUGCAGUUCGGAAAGCUGCAUUUGAUGAGAUAUACAAUGAUGUCACUGAUCGAAAUCCACUUUUCAACACUCAGAGUGACCAAGCAGCAGCUUUUGCAGAGUCAUUUGCAUUAGGCUCUCGAUGCGAAGCAUACUUUGAUAUGCCUCCAAGUGCGUUUGGUAAAAUUCUUUCGGAUCGGUUUCGUCGCUACUACGAGAAACACCCUCCGCCUUCUUGGGUCAAUGGGGCUCCAGAAUUAGCUACUUCCUACGCCGGGGCACAGAUUGACAUUGACCCUGACGAUAAAGUGAAGGAUUUACCGGCCUACCAGAAAUUUAGCUUUUUGAGCGUAUUUGCGAUCCCCGCCUUGAUUGAUAUCCUACUUUUGACAUUCAUUGGAAGAGGAAUUUACCUAUCCGAUUCAAUGAUGGGCAAGGACAUAGAAAUGGCAACUACCGCCCUUAUGAUAUCUCUUCUACUCUCCGGGGCAAUUGGUACAUGGAUUUCUCUUGGGGGAUCAUAUUACUUAGUCUCGAUCGCAUUUUCAGCCAUGAACAUGUUCGUGCUAACUCGACUCAUCGCUGGUCUAGCAUUCACUAUCCUCGGCGGGUUGAUUGGAUUCAUCGCAAUUUCUUGCACCCAGGGACCGCGCGAAGCGGUAAUAUUCUUCCUAUACCUGUUCGGACUGACGGCCUACUUAACACUGUUCGCCACCCUGGCUUGUUUCACAUACCCUGGCACCUCGUUCCUUUCGGGAAGAAAAAUCAUCUUGUCGUGUAUGCCCAUGUUGUUCUUAUCCCCUAUAAUAACAACAUUCGUAGGACAUGACACUUUGGUUUAUCUCCUCGUACUAUAUGCUUUCAUAGGGCUCCUUUUCAUCGGCCUCAGAACUACCGCUGCGAACUGGGUCACUUGGUACCAAAACAUCCGCAUGACAGAUGAUGCCGAGAUUAAAGAAUGGUACAUAUCGAACUUUGCCGACAAUAACGAGGAUUCAAUCAUUACAAUGAGUGACCCAGCAGUUUUGAAACUUGCUCGAGAAGUAUUAUUACGUUCUGUUCUUGCUGAGAAGGAAAAGUCAAUCUUCAGUCAAUCAACUCCAGACAGCCUUGUCAAGGAGCUCGCUAGAAACUGGGAUUCAACAAACUUUCUAAUCAACUGGUACUGUCGCUAUGCUGAUGUCCCUCGACCUAUUGCGUUUAGUUCUGGAUGGAAUAUCCAGACCAAAGUGGCGCUGGAUACCAUACUUAAUGCACAAAAGGGUAUCCGUUUACACAAUGCUUUCAACUUGUGGAGACAGGCCGGAAAAGAAAUUGGUUGCGGAAUACUAUUCUUCGUGAUAGCUCUCCUCGACAAAUGGGUUGAUCUUCUAUGUGGUGGUCAAUUGGUGGGCCUUACAGCCGGUCCUCAAAAUGAAGCUCGUGUCGCGAUUGGCCUCGGCCUUGCGUAUUAUUUGAUCGGGGCUGUUAUUAUCGACAUCAAAGCACAGGAUUUACACUCUCUGCUUGGAAAAUCUCCAGAGGCCGUUCGAUCCGUCGAUGAAAUUCGAGCCCGCCAGAAAGACGAUGUGAAACUUAAACAAAGGGCAUAUUGGAUCGCCCUCUUAAAGUUUUUCUCAUGGCAUGUUUGGACCGUGGCACUCACAGGAACUCUUGUAUGGUGGUUUGGUGACUCUCUAGGGUCUUUCAUUAUGUAUUUCGCCUACAUAUUUGCAUAUACUGGCCUUUUGUGGUAUCAGUAUACAAAGCUCUUUAGCGGAAGUCAGGUCUUGAUGACUCUUGUGGUAUCUGUGAUCAUCGGGCUUCCAAUUGGUAUCUGUCUCCGAGUUCUACUUCCCCAUUUUGCGUACUCAAGCGUUAUCGGCCUGGCUGCUGCAACUUGGUCCGCUGCUAUUUUGUCGUUGAUGGUUUCAAAAAUACGCAUGCCAAAGAAGCCCCAACCCCGCGUUCCGUCUAAUCGCGUGUAUCAUCCACAUGAAGCUCCAUGGUCCGAUUCGGAUUGGUCGCAAGAGGAACUACAGUUGUUUUUUGACCGCAGUGUUAAAACACCGCAAAGCUCUCGGUUACUCCUUAGUCCGCAUUGCAGCCCCGGAUCAGAUGUUAAGACUUUUAUGCAACUACGACAGCCAAGUGCCGAAUUCAUCGAAGCAUUUCCGAAAUACGAAGAUCUGAUUAAAUCAGCCAUGACUUCUUGGGAACAAAAUAACCUUUCUGUUGAGCUUGUCUUUCGGGAUGAGCUUGGUCCAGGUAUUACGGCUCUCAGUUGCACUGAAAAUAAUCAUUUGCAGGUUUUGAUCGCUGUUGACCGGGCCAUAAGUACUCAUCCGGGCCUACAGGGACACAUUCGGGUUAUUGCAGAAACUCUCAUUCAUGCAGCUGCCGAAUCAUUUCUCGGUAUUCCCCACGAAUAUGCCAUUUUUGCACAGUCAUUUAGCCACACUAGCACCUCGGAGACCUUGUCACGUCAAAUAAAACACGAGUUAGACCAUGCUUCCAUUGCUAAAUGGGCGAAUAAUGAGGCCAUUCGACAGCUCUGCCUAGGGUUUCAACCAGACAUACAUUGGGAGAGAUUAUCACAUGAGAUCCGACUCACGUUGCUUGAUAGAUGUCUUGAAAACUCAAGCACAUUGACCUCAGAACAAUCGGAGUGGCUCGAACAGAAUCUUUGUCAAUUUGAUGCCAUCGACUUGAAUGUUCAUAUCGCAAGAUGCAAUUUGUCGUGCAGAAUUUUGAUGGAUCUUCUAGACCUAGUCGAUAAGGACACGGCGAGCUCACCAAAUACCAUGGUAUUCAACAGUACUGGUUAUAUCUCUCAAGUCCCAGACAAGCCUCCAAAAUUUGCAAAGUUUUUCCAGGUGUUCUGGACGAGCUUCGCCAUCACGAUAAAGUAUAUGGUAAUGGCUAUCAUUGCAGAGCCUGAAUUUCAAAGAGAGUUCAAUUACGUUACAAAAGGGCAAAACAGCUUUUGGCGUGUCCCUCUCAUCCUCGCAAUGAACACGCUUUGGAUAUAUUCAAAACUAGUGCAAGACACGGUGCUCAUGUGGUUCUUGUUCCAUAAACGUCAGAAUGUUAAGCGCCUCUGGGAUGAAACUAAAGGGAACACAAUCACUAUGAAAAAAGAUCGACUAAUAGUUCGAAAUCUUGAUGGAACGUCUACCGCUUUUAUUCACCGAGAUGUGGAUGGUUUUGAGAUGCACAUCCACUCGGGAGCAUACAAUACAGAGCCAACAGAGUCCAAAUCACUCAAAUACAUCAACAUAUACAGUAGUAAUAUGUUCCUUCGAGCUCGGAAAGAAUUUGAAAACGGAGACCUCAUCAAUGAGUAUCACUAUGAAUAUCGGGGUAAAAUGAAAAAGAUUCUGUCGAAGGAAACAUUGGCGAAAAUUCCUAUAAGUCGCCGUUGCGUGAUUGGCAGAAACCACUUACAAACUAUCCAGUAUAACCGCAAAGGUCUUGUUGAAUCAGGUUCUUACAUCAGAGAUGACAACCUAAUCCGUUUCAAGUAUCACUACCGCAAGAAUGCUCGGUCUGAGGACGAGUUACUUCGUGCUGAAUUUGUCAUGAACUAUAUGAGCUGCACUGCAUCUUGGUGUGCACCUCCUCAUCGACAUGCUCACAAGUUUGAGCGAUGGAUACCACAUUCUACAAUAACUGAAGCGACUUUUGUUUAUGGAGAAGAUGUGUAUGAAAGCCGCUGGCUUUAUGACCACAAAUUUCAUCCUACGAUAUACACUUCUCUUAACGGCCAGAGAGUUCAGACACCGCCAAUGAUCGAGUUUGACCAUCUUGGUAUAUUGGAAAAACCUCGGAAUAACAGUUUACUAUAUGAAAACCCACUGUUAUUUUGUGACAAUCUCAAUACAAGUGUCUUCUCUCGAUUCCUUGGAUUUACUAAGAAAACCGUCCCGGUAUCAACAUCUCGCGCGCGCUCUGUUAUCUGGAAGGCUUGGAAAGAACGAAGCGACUUUGACGGGGUGGUCGUUCGUUGGAUGGACGAAAGACUACUCCGCAGAGAUAAAGUUCUUGCGCCCUACUGGCGAAACAGAAAUCGUGGCAACUUGCCAGCUGCCAGAAAAUAUCUCGAAAGACAUGCUGAUGCGGUCGUUGCCAGCGCUGAUUUGGAUGGAUCCGUCUCUAGCUGGACUCCUUUGGCGAUCAAACUGGGAGAUCUUUUCAACUUCGGUGCAGGGGGUGAUGCUGUUAAUCUGACUCGUUCGAAGGAAUUUUCCUUUGAGAGUGAGGAUAAAUUACAUGUUCUUGCUGCAGAUAACGGUACCUGGCCCAACGAAGGCGGCGGUGUUUCUGCAUGUCGGCGAGACAUGAUAAAUGGCCUCAGAACGAUCAAAUGGCAUAUGAUCUCGGAAUCGGCCCACGACUUUGGCAUCCCAAAGCACCAAACAGAGCGCAAUAUAAAUUCUCUCAAAGUUAUUCCACUGUGGGGUCUCGACUUUUUGAUCCCUAAUCAUGGUCUAUUCAAGAAUAAGCUCGACGCAGAAAUCGACGACUACGCGGAUGUCGCCAGCGAUAUUGAUAUCAAAAUGAACUUUGCUCCCAUUUUGACGGCACUUGUAAAAAGUGCGCGCGCAAUAGCCCUUUCUCAGUCUGACAUACAGCAAGCGACGAGGGCUUUUGUCAAUCUAAAUACAUACUUUGACAGUUUCAGACACUGGAGACAGGUGUGGACAAGUGAUAUUGUGAAAGAACAAUGGCGUGAGCUAUGGCUAACGCAAGAUAUGCCCAAUACCCUUCCGUCGGACCAGUGGCUUGAAACCGAACUUCCUACGUUGGGCCAGCUUGACACGGCAUUGGAGCUUUGGUAUCGGUACCUGUUCAUCUUUUCAAUCCCGGUUCCUGCAAAGAUCCCGCCCGUCUUCCAGGCCUCUCAUCAUAGCGUCAGUGCAACGUACGGGGUUGUGUGCAAGAUCAAAAGAAACUGUACUCUCCAAAUCUGGGACCAUGCUAUCAGUUGGCGUGAAACAAACCUUUGUCUUUCUUCGGCACUAUGCAAACUGUCUCCGUUUGUGAGAAAUGCCCUCCUUGGCUUGAUGCGAGUCACAUCAGUCUUGAUUCUCCACCACGCCGAUAUUGUUUCGCCCUGUGCCGAUUUCUUCAAUCCGGACUGGGAGGUCGAGAUUGGUACCAGCCAAGGAACGUUGGAGCAUCGCAACCGUUUCCGCAGAAAGGUAGAUCCGGUUGUCAAUGGCAUCACGGACAUGCAGAGAUUCACACCCGUAAAGGAAAUCAAAUCCGAAAAACCUACUGUGACAAUGUUGUCACACGUCUGGUAUGCAAAGGACAUAAAGACGGCCAUUUUAGCAGCGGAUCUAAUCAUCAAUCAAUGGAAGUUCGACGAGUAUCACCUUGAUAUAUACGGUGCAAUUGACAAAGCUCCCACUUACUCCACGGAGUGCCAAGAGCUCAUCGCUUCCAAAGGUCUGCGAGGACGGGUUACACUGAGAGGCACGGCAAACCCAAUGAAGGUUCUCGAAAAUACGUGGCUUUUCUUGAACUCAUCCCUAUCCGAAGGCCUUCCUCUCGCAUUGGGAGAAGCUGCGUUGACAGGCGCACCAGUAGUUUGCACUGAUGUGGGUGCCUCGCUCCGGGUGCUCAGCGAUCCUGAUGACUUUUCUCGUUUCAGCGCCGUAGUUGCGCCCAACGAUGCACAAGCUCUCGCUCGAGCCCAGAUCCAGAUGCUGGCUAUGAUGGGUGAGUGGAGUCAAUAUGCCGAAGAUACUAAACCAGCCCCGGUCCUCUCCACUUUCCCUACGCCGGACGAGGUUAAAAUAAUCACUCGGCGAAUGUAUGACAAAAAGGAGCAACGCAGAAAGUUAGGCAUGAUGACCCGAAACAUUGUUCAGAAAUCAUUCAGCGGAGAAAGAUAUCUGCGAGAGCAUGAACAAAUGCUCUGGGUGGGCAAGAGUCUGAAGACCAAGUUCUCUCAGAAUCAUGAUCAUCUCGGUCGACCCGAAUCUGAUAGUGAAGUCGGUCAGGCCAUGGCUAGGGAAGAUCAUAUCAUUCCAUUUCCUCCCAAUAUUAUGUUCUCGACUCGCUCGUCCACCAGUGCUGCCUCUUCUUUGUUCACAUCGACGGAACUCCGUAACUCUGCUUUCCAACCCGCCACCUCUUCCACCAGCUAUGCUCCAAGUUUCUCCUCUAUGGAGUCUACCAACAAUCGUGAUAUUCGACACUUGCGUCUUCCAGUAUUUGCAUCUCAGGCUCUCCACAAGACUGCGCUUUUGAAUGGGAAGAGGAAGAGUCUUCCUGUAGGCUUCCGGCAUGAAGAUCUCCGACGGUAUCGAAAUUCGGAUCUGAGCACAAUAAUGCGCGAAGACCUUCCAAGACCAAGUACUACGGAAGAAUUUUCGGAGAAGCCAGUGUUUUGA